AUGCGACCAUCAACAAUAGCGAGCCGCAAAUCCAUUGCCUCGCCCAAGGGCGAAGUGAUUGCGAUGACGAGUGAUAAGCGAGGUCAUUGGCUCAUCGCCAACCACCACGAGUCCGUCGCUCAUCUAUAUGCCAUGCCGUCUCCCGUGAAGACGAGCGAGACGACAGAGGCUCAUAUAUCGACUGUCUCUGAAUUCAAAGAGGGCGUGAAGAAUCUUCAAAGAACAGCGAAAAUGCAAAACUGUACAUGUGGACUUUUGCCUCAGUUUGUCAUGGUCGUCGUCCUCGCUUUCUUCCUAGCCCUUGUCUCUGCUGCAAACCAGCGGGUCCUCGCUCAGAGCAACCAUCCGAAGGCCUCCAAUGUCUCCACCCCAAUAAUGACUGGUGUUGACACCACCUCUCUCUCUCCAGCCGCUGUCUAUAAUGGAUCUUACACUUUCGCGGAUACAUCCCAUAUUAGACUUCGCAUUGCAAAUGGUGGCGCUGGUCAGAGUGGUCUUGUGCAAGCUCUUGGAGAUGCCUUCAUCGAUUAUAUGGUCAAGACCCAGAAAGUCGCGCCAUUCCAGGUCGGCUGGUACUUAGGUGACACGACGCAAUCGUUGGAUUACAUGGCAAAACGGCAAGCAGACGUCGCAAUCACUUACAACGUGGCUGCGGAAAAUGCUUCGCUCGAUUCUGGUGUAAGCGUCGAUCGCCAGUACGGAUUUCGUGACCAUUUCGUCUUCGUUGGCCCACCAUCGAACCCAGCGGGCAUUUCUUCGUCAGACACGAUACUCCAGGCUUUCCAAAAGAUUGUCAAGACCGCGACGGAUACGACUGCAUCGAACCCAACGCGAUUCCUAAGCCGUUUCGACAAAUCGGCGACGAACAUCAAAGAGUCAGAGAUUUUCAUCGCCAUUGGCCAAGUACCCUGGAGCUACGCCUAUUCAACGUGGUAUCACCAAUAUCCUCGCUUCCCACUUCAAGCUGUGGCAGCGGCAGCCACUCUGGGAGAGUACACGCUUACGGAUCGAGGGACUCUGUUAUCUUCGCCAGCAUCAGUCACGAAUGCGUUGACCUACUACAUCUGCUCGUCCGAUGACGAGUCUGAUCGGCUGCUUAAUCCGGCGCACUUUUUUGCGGAAUGCGGUCUCACUGGAUGA